AUGCGCCGGUUUGGGCCCAUGAUCCACUCAAAGCGCGAGAAUCAAGCUACACCCGAGAUUAGAGAUGACACCGGAGGCUCGAGGGGGUGGUGCUCUGUACAGACUCGCACACACCUCACCUCAGCUGUGAUUCUGUCAGUUCUGUUUGCACUCCUUAACGAGACCCCCACCCUCCCUCCACCCCCUGGCUUUCUCCUCCCAGGAUCAGUGCACUCGUCCUGGGUUAGUCCGCCGAGCCGAGUCCCUGGUGUGGAUCUCUGCUCGGCCCCUCUCAGCUCUUGGAAAAAUAAUGAGGAGGUUGAAGUUGUUGUUUGA